GUUGACGCCAAGACUGACGUCGAGGAUGAUGCUCCUGGCGCUGGACUCCGUACCCCUCUGAGCAACGCCGCCAUGAACGGUCACACCGAGACUGUUCGCAAGCUUGUCUCUCUUGGAGCGAACGUGAAUGAGAGGCAGAAGGAUGGGUGGACUGCGCUUCACUUCGCUGCAAGAAACGGGUGGGAGGAGACGGUCGAGGCUCUGGUCAAGCUGGGCAUCGACCCAAAUGUCAAGAAUGACGUCGAUAUGACUGCCCUGCAUUACGCCGCUUGGGAUUCAACCAUUGAGACCUGUCAGAAGCUCAUCGACCUGGGUGUCGAUGUGAACCAUAAGGCCAAGGGAAAACUUUCAGCGUUGGAGCUCGCCCGCAAAAGGAGACGUGAGCUAGCAGGAAACAAGAUCGCUGAGCUCUUGGAGAAGUACUCUGACGUGGAAAAGCCGAGCAUGGAGGAUGAGUCGAGUCCGAAAACUUGGGAAGAGUGGGCUCCUGCUGACCCUGAGUGGCGCAAGCUUAUCGCGAACGAUCCUUACGCACAGUCGAUCACGGGAAGAGAAAUCUAAACAUUACGAAGAACAGCCAAGAAGCCAGAAAACUCUCCUCCUCCUCCUCCCUCUCCCCCUCCUCCUAUUAUUGAGGUCAAUACUCUUGCUGGAAAUAAGGUUCCGCCGUCCUUCAGGACGGUGUAGUGAGGAGGAAAGGCAGACCGAGGAGAUACUUUCUAAGAGAAAGAGUUGAGUUGUUUUCACGGAUCAGUUUAUUGUUGAGCUGAAG